AAAACAAAACAUCAGCCACAAAGAUCUCCCCAUGUGACACUGCAACUUCAGCAAUCAUAGCAGUUUUCAAGCCCUGUCUUUAAUAGCUCAGAUUUGACACACAGCUGAGACAAACAGGAUGUUAUUUUCUGCUUGACAAGAGUCUCUGGAGAGGCAGUAUUGUGCAGCAGUUAUGCUCUGGAUGAGAUCCUGUUUUCUGCUUUUCCAAUCCCAGUCUGCUGAUGUCUCAUCAGAGGCUCUAGCUGCAGCCCGGCUGGGGUUUUGGUUGUACCACAACCUCACAGGGGAGCCUGCUGAAGGAACACUGAUAGCCCAGGGAGCUUGGUUUUCCCUCCCCAAGUGCUUUAUCAUUUCAGACAAUCCCUGUUGGUUAGUCUGAGCUGAAAUAGUUUCAGUCUAGAUUUCAGUCUUUUAAAAAGAGAUCUGGGUUUUAAGAUUCCCUGGAGGCAUCUGUGAAGCUGUCUCCCUACCAGAAAUACUGACAAAAUGUAGAGGAGAAGCUGCAAAGUUGCUUAAUUUUCUCCAAACAAAAAGAAAGACACAAAUGUUGUGUAUGCGCAGGGCUCCUGGAUUUGGCCAAGGCACGAUUUCCAGAUACAAAGCCUUUUCACGCUGUCUUUAGCUCAGCUUCUAUAUCCUCGAUACUGAGCUCCCCUUACACAGACCUUGAGGGCUCCAGCCUGAAAGGCAGCUCAGAAGGCCUGGUCUUCCCAGAAGGUCUGGGAUGAGUGAAUCCCCCGUCCCCUAAAUGACCUUCAGUCUCCUCCUUCCAGGAGGCUGUAUUCUGACUGCCUGUGAUGAGCCCUUGAUUCACCACCCUCCCUCUAGACCUUCUCAAAACAUUUCCUUGGCACCUACAGCAGGCAUUUAAAUCAGUGCCAGAUGUCCCAACUGGAUGGCGAAGCCUGGAAGUGAGGAGCCAACAUGAAAAACAACAAAUACAUCCCAGAGCCAAUCGCAGGGAAUUGUUCCAGCCCUUCAAGCACCCUGAGCACAGUGAAGCAUGUGGGUCCUGCACUCUCACCAGUACCAGCACAGUAUAGCCAGACAGCACGACAGCCAAGAACACUCUCACCUGUUACCUUCCCCAGCAAAUGAUGUCUCCCUUCUCUUGACAGAUAAGAGGAUCUAUCGACUCCCAGUGUUCACAGAGGAAUUCUGCCAAGCUUUUGUGGAUGAGCUGGAGAACUUUGAGCAGUCGGACAUGCCUAAGGGCAGGCCCAACACUAUGAAUAACUAUGGGGUUUUGUUAAAUGAGCUUGGGAUGGAUGAAACUUUCAUCACACCCCUGCGUGAACAAUACCUGCGGCCCAUAACGGCACUGCUUUAUCCCGACUUGGGAGGUGCUUGUCUGGACAGCCAUAAAGCAUUUGUUGUCAAGUACUCGUUACACGAAGAUCUGGAUUUGAGCUCUCACUAUGACAACGCAGAAGUCACCUUAAACGUUUCACUGGGAAAAGACUUCACAGAAGGCAACUUGUACUUUGGGGAUUUCAGACAGGAUCCUACCCCUGUGCCAAAGUACAUGGAGAUUGAACACGUGGGAGCCCAGGGGCUGCUACACCGAGGAGGGCAGAUCCACGGGGCACUUCCCAUUGCCUCUGGGGAACGCUGGAACCUUAUUAUUUGGAUGAGAUCAUCUGCCAUCCGCAACCAGCUCUGCCCCAUGUGCAACAAGAAACCUGAGCUGGUGGAAGCAGAAGGGUUUGGAGAUGGAUUCACAGAAACCCUUGAAGAUGAUGUGCCCGAGACUGUGAACCUCUGUUCCUUGUGGUAGCAGACAGUAGGGCCAGGUUGCUCCAGACCAAGUUGCCUAAAGCUCCUUUCUGACCUCUGAGGCUGCACUGCCAGGCUCUUUGAUGGAUACACGGGUCAUGUCAGAAGCAGCUAUCACCUUGGAAAGUGAUGCAAAUCCAGUCCUCCUGGGGUUAGGGAAGCCAGCUGCUUGGACAGUUGAAAGAGCUGGUAUUUGGGCUCGCCAGGGCUCGGGUGCGAGCUGGAGGACUGCUUGGAAGAUGUAGAAAACUUUAACGCUUUGAUGGACUGCAAAGGUGGUGUAAAUAUUUUCAGGUGUAUGGGGAAAGCACCCAAAGCUGCUUGGCCUUUGUGAAGACCUCUGUGCCAACAGCAGCAUCGCGGGUCCUGCUGUAAACAGAAAAGAACGGUACAAUAAAGCCCUGCA